GUCCUCCGUCUUUCUUUCCUUCCCCUCAUCGUCGUCGUCGGUAUUGAUGCUCGCUCGGAAUGCGAGCAAGUCGCUCUCGCGCACGCUCCGACGUGCCACGCGGUGUCGCCGGGUCACGAAUAUCGGUCAUCGACAUCUCGCAUCGGCAGCAUCCACGUCCUCUGAAGACCACGACCUCGCGUUCUUCUUCGACCAACCGCCAUCGUUUACGAAGAGGUUUUCCUUAGCAUCGCCCUCAUCAGGUCUAUUCGGUCAACCUUCACUAUCCUCACCAGCUGCAUUUCACCAACUAGCACAAGCUACACUGCUACGUGCCCAUCUCCUUACUGAACGAAUAGUACGUGCACGAGAGUCAAGAGAUGAGCUCCUCGCGGUGGUCAAGAACCUGGAUCGUCUCAGCGACAUGUUAUGCUCCGUCAUCGACCUCGCAGAACUCGUACGGAACGCACAUCCAGAUCCUCACUGGGUAGAGACGGCGAACGAGGCGUAUGAGCAGGUGUGUGAGGUCAUGAAUGUGUUGAACACCCAUGUUGGUCUAUAUGAGUCUCUCAAGGUUGUCAUGAAUGACCCUUCCAUCACAAGGACGCUCAGUCGGGAAGCGUACCAGACAGCCCUCAUAUUCUGGCGUGAUUUCGAAAAGUCGGGGAUCAAUUUACCACCAGCACAGCGAGACCGCUUCGUGUCAUUAUCUUCGGAGAUCCUAGUCCUUGGUCGGCAGUUCCUUGGCGAGGCAUCUAGUGCUCGACCGCCUGCGUCCAUAAAGUCUUCGGAGCUCAACGGGUUGAAGGAUUACGGGUUGGGGUCGAGAUUACAGCAACAGUCACGCUUCACGCAGCGCGAUUUGCUCGUGUAUCCCGGCUCACUACAAGCUCAUAUGAUUAUGCGCUCCGCCCCUCUGGAAGAGCCACGGCGGAAAGUAUACCUUGCUGCUAAUUCGAGCACACCGGAGCAAGUGGACAUAUUGGAGGCCCUUCUGCGAGCGCGGGCUCAGCUUGCCACGCUGGUUGGUUCGGACAGUUUUGCGCAUAUGGCUUUGGGGGACAAGAUGGCAAAAUCUCCGGAAAAUGUACACCAGUUCUUGGACUCGCUCCUAGACCAAACACGACCACACGCGCGGAGAGCACUUCGUACACUCAGCGAACGGAAACAGACUCACCUGAAUACGGGACCUAUGCCGAUUAUCCAAGCAUGGGAUCGGGAUUACUAUUGUCCACCAGAACCUCCAGCACCGCCUGUCGCCUUACCACCAUUAUCACUUGGGGCCGUUUUCCGUGCGCUUUCGCGACUGUUCAAGAGCUUAUACGGGAUUUCGCUUCGACCAGCAGAAGUCGCCACGGGAGAGGUGUGGCACUCGGAUGUACGAAAGUUGGAGGUAGUGGACGAGAAGGAUGGGCUGCUGGGUUGGAUCUACACUGACCUGUUCGCACGAAGAGGGAAGUCAAGUGGAGCAGCACAUUAUACCGUUCGGUGUUCGCGGCGGACAGACGACGAUCCCGUAGCCGGCGACCUCGAACCACCGGAAGGUGGCCACGGACUGGUCAACAUAUCGGAGGAAUUCGAGGCUGGUCACCGUCGGCAGAUGUCGGAUGGUGUCUUCCAGCUUCCUGUCGUCGUAUUGUUGACCGAAUUCGGACGACCAUCAAUAUCACGGGGACCUGCUGUGCUCGAAUGGCAUGAGGUAAUCACUUUGUUCCAUGAAAUGGGGCACGCUAUGCAUUCUAUGAUCGGUCGGACAGAAUACCAGAACGUCUCCGGUACCCGCUGUGCCACCGACUUCGUCGAGCUCCCCUCCAUCCUCAUGGAACACUUCCUCAACUCGCCUACCGUCCUCUCCCUCUUCGAAUCCACCAACUCCUCCCUCGCACGCAAAGUGGGCAACCACCACGAAGACCCUUGCCACAACAUCGAUACCCACAGCCAAAUCCUGCUCGCCGCGCUCGAUCAGAUCUACCAUUCCCCCGCCGCUCUGGACCCCAAUUUUGACUCGACGAAGAGUUUCGCGGAUCUGUAUCUGCGGAAAGGUCUGAUCCCGUUCGUCGAGGGCACGUCAUGGCAGACACAGUUCGGUCAUCUGUUCGGAUAUGGAGCGACUUACUACUCUUAUAUCUUCGACCGAGCCAUCGCGUCCAGAGUCUGGAAGAAACUCUUCUCGAAGGAUCCGCUCAAUCGGGAGAUGGGAGAGAGGUAUAAGCAGGAUGUGUUGAGGUUCGGGGGUGGCGAGGAUCCGUGGUCGAUGAUCGGUUCGUUGUUGAGUGCGCCGGAGUUGUCGAGAGGAGAUGCGGAGGCGAUGAAGGAGGUGGGCAGGUGGAGGAUAGAGGACGAGGUUGGGCAGCCUGGGAGACAUUGAGUUUUGAUGGACCUUGUCUGGUCUCUGAUACAUUACUAUUCUUCUUUUUGCAUGGUCGAAUGGAUUCUGUUUGCACCUGCUAUGCUCGUUUCCACUCACGACUGCUCAUGCACAUGCCACCUCAUCUCAUGCAAUCGCUCUGCUUUGCUGGAUUCCCUGUCGAUAUCCUUAUUAUUCUGCCGCGUGGUGAGAGGUGGUGAGAGGGAGUAGAGGGGGUGCUCGAGUUCAACCGCUUAGAGUUAGAUGUUGUACUUCUGGCCUAACUCGUCAGUAUAUCUCACUGUAGCAUC